AUGGCUUCGCGGACCUCUCGAUGCUGGAGCCUCUUGGAGCCCGUGGACGGGGUCGCGUGGGGCGCGUCAUCGUCUGGCUCCCGCUCCGUGGGGCGCGUCCUCGUCCUCCUAGUGGGGCUUGUCUUCGUCCUCGUACUGCAGAGGCGCGAUGGGAUCACCAUGUCGACGCACAAUCCUGGCCACUUCGAGAGAAUGGUCAUCCUCGACAAGGUUGAUUUUGACGAUGACCAGAGGUUGUCAUACCAUGAGUCUUUGCUCCGCAAGAGCGGGCCCUUCUUCGUGCUGGACCACGGGGUGCACGCACCGUUCAGCAUGUACGACGCGGUCAUCUCUGCCUGCGCAAUGGUCAAUGGAAUCUCGCUUAGCGGGCAGUACCCGUGCGGAUGCGGCACUGAGAUCUGCGAUUUCGGGUACAGGUGUGACGAGCAGUGCAGCGGGAACAACACGGCAAUCGAUUCCUACGUGGGCAGCAGCUUCGGGGACGGCGGAUGCUGCAUCGGCCCCGCUGUCUCUCCUCAACAAAGAGCCCCAACAACGAGCCCAGGCACCUCACAGAGGACGACUACACCGCGAACCUGA